CCGGUCUCUGACGUUCAGUUGAAAAUACGGAAAAGACGCGACGUAUUUUCAUUCGUUCGGUCGUGAAAAUUGUUCUCCCUUGUAAUUUCUCGCGCAGCAGCUUCAAGUUCUACACAAUUUGGGGUGAAUCAACGCCGAUUCCACCGCUCGCCAUAAUCCGGACCUAAUUCAAAGCGGGUGAGACUUGGCCCAGGCAGUGUCCGACGAUCGAAGGGGUGUUGGUUGUUGCAUAACACGCAAGCACGCUCAUCUGCAGCUGAGCUGGGCCGAAACUUUCUCUCCGAAACACAACCGUUCGAAUGGCGUCCGAAGAGUCUGCGGUCCCGGGAACCAGCGCCAAGCCGUUGUGUUGUCGGCUGUGCAUGUGCGAACACACAAUUGGGAACCCCAUCUCGGUUGACGACUACGUGCUUGAUUUAACUAAGAAGUUGCUCUACUUUGAGUUGUUUACCCAUGAAGAUAUUAAGGAAACGAUUUGCGAGAUCUGCAAGGACACCGUGGUCGUGUUCAACGAGUUUGCCGAGCAGGUCCAACGCAAUCAGAACUAUUUGCGAUCGUUGAAGAUGCCGAUUAAGCAGGAACAACCCGACGAAGAUGCGGAGUGGGCCGCGGAAGCGCUGUGCGAGAUUGGGGCCAACAACAACAGCAACGAGGACAUCGAGAUGCUGAUGGGUGCGGAAGGUGGCCACGUGAAGGCGGAGGAAGAGGACGACGACGACGAUUCGGAGCCGAGUUCCGACAGUGAGCCGGUACGGAAGAAGAGAAAGUACACGCCGAGGAAGGCGGGUUCGGCGGGGAAGAAGAUCAAAUCGGAGAAGAAACAUACGCCGCCGAAGGACAGCACCUCGCCGGAUGAGCGGGAAAUCCUAAAGCAUUGCAAUUUGUCGUGCGAUUUGUGCGGGGAGUCGCAACCGAACUUCCUUUCGCUGUUGAACCAUUUUAAGCACAUUCACAACGAGCGCGGCUAUUACAAAUGUUGCGAAAAGAAGUUUUUCAAGCGUUGCUGGAUGAUAGAGCACAUUCAACUGCAUCUUAACCCGGACGCGUUCCACUGCGCGUUGUGCAACAAAAGCUACAGCUCAUCGGCCGUCCUUAAGGAGCACACCAAGCAGGUUCACGCGGCCAAGGAAGACCUGUGCAUCACGUGUGAAACGUGCCACAAGCAGUUCGUUUCGCCAUCCCACCUCAACGCUCACAUCCAAGUCGCGCACGGCACCGUCCCGUGUCCCAAAUGUCCAAAAAUUCUCGCCUCGCAAGGAUCUCUCAAAAAGCACCUGGUCGCGCUGCACGGCGAUGGAGAGCAGUUCGUUUGCGACGUUUGCGCGCGCGUUUUCCGCUCGAAGAAGUGCCUCGACAACCACGUGAAGCUGCAUCUAGGAACCCGUAUCGAGGACAAGGUCCAAUGUUCGAUGUGCGCCUCCUGGUUCACCGACCAAAACUGCCUCACCAAACACAUCAAGCGGGUUCACGAGGUGUCCGAGGUUCCCCUGUCCUGCGAGAUCUGCGGCUGGGAGGCCAAGAACCAGCCGUCCUUGUACGGCCACAUGCACCGCGUCCACGCCGAGCUCAAGUACGAGUGCGAAUUCUGCAUGAAGAAGUUCAAGCGACAGCACCACAUGAAGGAGCACGUGGCGAUCCACCACACCGGGGUCGCCCUGUACGAUUGUCAGUACUGCGAGGAAAAGUUCAACUCGAAGAACAAGCUGUAUUCGCACCGCAAGAGCAUGCAUCCGAUCGAGUACGAAGAGGAUGCGCGCAAGCGCUUCCUGAAGGAGGAUAAAGUGUUGCCGGAUCCGAGCGCGUCGGUUGCGUUUGCCUAGAAGAGGAGGCAGUUUCAAUUAUUGUGCGUUUAGAAAAUUGUAAUGAAGCUACAAAGCAAAAAUUGUAGAAAUGCAUUAAUGUAAUCGUAAUAAACUUUUAUCGAUGGACAACAGUA